AUGCCACCCAAGCCACGCCCAGUCCGCAAGCCCUCCACAAGUUCUGGCAAUCCCGCUACCGCACCAGGAGCUGUCAAAGAUGCGAGUGCAGCAAGCGCCUCGAUGCCGCCACCGCCUGACCCAGGUCCGCCGCUCGGGAUACUGGUACCAGAGAUUACUGCACUUUCGUCAUGUCUCCAGACGGCCGUGAUCAAGACGGGGCAAAUUUACGGUUUCUAUACGGACGUGAAGAGACUCGGCAUCCAGCAGUAUGCACCCAAACCUCCGCGUUCACUUACAUCGGCGUUGGGGAGGGAGAUAGUCAAGUACGACCAGCUCUGCGACGCCAUGGAAUCCCACCUACUCCGCGCUAUAACCGUCCUUCAACGCGACCUCGCGCGCGAAGAGCAGCGAAUCAAGGCGGAAGAAGAAGCGGCUGCCGCCGCAAUCCCUAAACCACCCUCCCCGAGCCCUAUGCCGGCUCCCACCCCGGCCGGCUCCCCCACUCAGACCCAGAUCGAACCCCUGCCCGACGGCAAUCUACGCCCACGUCUGUCUGGCGUUGGCGUCAACGUCGCACGACGCCAGUCAACUAUCUCACUUUCUUCCUUGUCUCGCCCCACGGCCCCGCAUAAGCUCGACCUUUCCGCGUCCGCUCUGCGCAUCCUCCCAGACGAGAUGAUCCCAAGCGGACUCUCCUCUCCGGUCACGCUCGCCCCUAGAUCUGCUCGUGCCCCAUCUCUCCCGCCAGAGCUCGUCAUGCUAGGCGACCCCACGGGCCGAUCCGUGGAUAUCGACCUGACGCUAGACAACGACAUGGACAUGACGGGACCCAGCGCCUCCGGCUCACACAUACGGAGCAUGCUGCACGUCGAUCCUACGGCUGGUAGCUCCGCGGACAAGCCCAUCGAGCUUGACUUGGACAUGGAUAUGGACGUGCAAUUCUUUGCGGACGACCCUGACGCCGGAGCGGAGGGCGCGAAUGCGAGCAUGUUCGGGCCUGCGCCCAUAUCUGGCUCCGACCAGCACGCGCAUAUAAUCAAGCCGAAGCAGGAGGAGCAGCUUGAUCUGGACUUGCUUGGAUCUUUCCAGUCUGUCCAGUCUACCGGGGACGACAUGUUCGCGCCUUUCGGGAAUUCUACGCCCGGUGGCAUACCUACGUCUUCAGCAGCUUCGACAUCUGGUGCGCAGAAAGCACCACUUGGGGCGCCUUCUCCAGGGACAAUCUUGGCUGAUUUGACGGGGACGUCACGAGCGGGGGAUGGGUCGGGGGUAUCUACGUCCGGGCAGGAAGGCUCAUUUGAUUUCGAUAUGUCAACAUUCGACUCCAACUUCCUCGCCGGACAGGGUGGAGGAGACAUAGACAUGUCGGGCAUGGACGACAUUUUCAACCUGGGAGUCAAUCCUGCUGAUUCUAGCACAGACGGGGGAGCCCCCGGCGGUAGCGGAACAUCUUAG